AUGGCCAAGAAGAAGGCGAACAACCAAGACAAGACAACCCAACAACACCAAGACCCGACCGACCACGAUACCACGCCCAUGGAGGACCCUUCUGAGAAACUCCAAAACCUCAAGUCCCUCAACUCUCUGCUCCUCAAAGAGACCUUUGAGCGUCGUCAACAGGUGGAGUCUCUGCAGCAGUCCAGAGAGGCUUUGGAGUCUGAGUUGUCUCGGUUUGCGAUGGAGAAGAAGAUCUUGGACGAUGAGUUGAAGCAGCUGAGGGAGCAGACAAUGGGGUUGGAGUUGGAGAAGAGCGUAAUGGGUCUCUUUGUUGAGACCCAGAUUGAUGAUUUGAGGAGAGAAGAGGGUGAGAAGGUGAAGAGUGAGAUUGAGGUGUUGAAGGAAAAGGUCAAUGAGGUUGUGGGCAAUCUGGAAAAACAGAGGCUAUUACUAGAUCAUGUCAGUGGUGAGAGGGAUGGAAUGAGGAGUGAGAGAGAUUUUUGGGCUGAGGAGGCAAAUAGGUUGAGGUUGAAAGUGGUUGAAAUGGAGGGGAGAGAAAAAAAGACUGAAGAGAAGGUGAGUGUACUGCAAAUGGAAUGUGAGGCACUGAUAGAAGAAAAAGAGAAGAAAGAUGAAAGCAUCGAGUCCCUGAAAAUUGAUAAAGAUUUGGUCGAGAGGAGGUUGGCUGAAUCAGUGAGGUUGAAUAAUGAUUUGAAGGCUAAGAUUGAGGCCAUUGUUAGUGAUAAAGAGGGGAUUGAGAAGGAGAGAAGUACCCAAAUGGUGUUGAUAAAUGAGUUGAAGAAGGAAGUGGGUGAACUCAAUGAGAACAGAUGUGCUCUGCUGAAGGAGCAAGAGGAUUUGCGGAUCAAAGUUUGUGAAUUGGAGAAGAAUCUAGUUGAGGCUAAAGAGAAGCAAGAGAAGAUGGAAAUGGAGAGCAAUACACUGAUCUCAGAGAAAAACGAGAUGGAAAAACGCUUGGAAAGUUUAAUGGGGGAAAAGGUUUCCACCAUGAAGAGUCUGGAGGACGCUCAGAAGCAACUAGAGGUUCAGAAGCAAAAGGUGGAGGAGAUACUUAGUGAGAAAAAUGCGAUUGAGGAGGUGAAAUUUAAACAGGAGAGUGAAAUUGUUGAGUUGCAGAAGGACGUGCGUGAGCUCGUGGAUGUUCUUUCCAAAUUGGAAAAGAAAUUUGGAGAGAUUGCAGAGAAGAACAAGCAAUUGCAAUCUGAAGCUACCCACUAUAGAGAUGCAUUGAAUCAGAUUACAGUAGAGAGAGAUGAUGUGAAGAAGGGCCUUGCUGAGGAGAAAAAGAGCGGAGACAACCUGAGGACAAAAGUUGUGGAAAUGGAGAAGAAUACUGAAGAAACCUUGAAAGAGCUGGAGCAGAUGAAGAGGGACCAUGAGAAGCUCAUUGGAGAAAAGAAAGAGUUGCAGAGCCUCUAUGAAAUGUUGAAGGGCGAAAAGGCUUCAGCAGAGAAGAACCUUGUGGAGGCUCAACAAGGAAUCGAUGAUAUGCGGGGUAAAGUUGAAUCAAUGCUUGCUAAUUCAGAACUGGCCUUAGCCAUGUUGAAGAACACCGGAGCCCUGGUUUGUCCAUCCAAAGAUGAAAAUAAUGGAAAGCAAGAAGAGGGUGUUUAUGAGCAAAACACCAAAGAAGAAACUCAGCCAUUUGCAGCACAGCUAGAAGCCAUAAAGAAUGCUUUCAGAAGCAGAGAGACCGAGGUAGAAGACAUGAAGAGGCAAGUGGAGACUCUGCAGAAGACUCUGGCUGAGGCACACAAGAAGAGGAAUUUCUGGACCUUGGUGUCAUCUGCCACAACAAUUUUUGCUGCAGCAUCUUUUGCAUAUGUUGCUAAAGGCCACUGA